UCGGCUCGGCGCGCCCUGUAAUUAGGAGCUCUAGUUGGGUUGGGCGCCGCCACGGUGGACAGCCCGGGCUGCUGCGUCAAGGGGAGUUUGGGAAACGCCAGCUCCGGACUGAGAGGACAUCUGAGCGCUCCUUUAUUUAAGAGAGCGACAACUCACGCGCAUUUAUAAUAAAAUAAAAUAAAUAAAUAAAAAUGAACGGGCAAUCCUCACCUGUCUUCGAGGAGAAGAAGCCGUCCCUCCCCAUCAUGGCUGGGAGCUCAAUCUCGGCCACCAAGGAUUCCCCGACCCUGCCGGAGUCCUCAUCCACGGACAUGGGCUUCUACAGCGGGCAAAGCGUGCUCCACGGCGCGCAGGAUUUCUACCCAGCGCAGCAGCAGCAGCAGCCGUACCCGGCGCAACACGUGAACCCGUACGCGUACCACCACCACCACCACCACUACAACUUACACGGGGUGGCUGCCGGCGGCGCCUACCCGGUCGGCAAGGCAGAAUACCCGUACCUCCAUUCGGCGUACAGAGAGCACGGCGCGUUCAGCAGGGAGGCGCAGGCAGCGCUGCAGGACGUGAAAGAGGAACCCGACGUGGAGGUUCGGAUAGUCAAUGGGAAGCCCAAAAAGGUGCGCAAGCCCCGGACCAUCUACUCCAGCUACCAGCUGGCAGUGCUGCAGAGGAGAUUCCAGACGGCUCAGUACCUGGCCCUGCCGGAGCGGGCCGAGCUGGCCGCACAGAUGGGCCUCACACAGACACAGGUCAAAAUUUGGUUCCAGAACCGUCGCUCCAAGUUCAAGAAGCUCUACAAGAACGGAGAGUUUCCGCUCGGGGAAAUGCCUCUCGAGCAAAGUCCGGAUGCCAGCGAUUCCAUGGCCUGCAACUCUCCUCCAUCGCCAGCUGUGUGGGAAAACAACAACGGCAAUACCAGCAACAACAACAACAACAACGACGACGACGGCAGCAGCAGCAACAACAACACAAGCAGCAGCAGCAGCAUCAAGAGUAGCGCAUUGGUGGAUCCCACCACCAGAGGGCAGGGACCCUAUCAGCCUCCCGUGGAUCCCUCGCCCGCCUGCAUGGGAGACUACACGCACCAGAACUGGUACCAGCAGCAGGGUGCACAAUUAGGUCUGCAACAGUCGGGCCCGACGCACCACACACCACCGACGGCGCCGUCGGCCGCACAGAGUCUGGGAGCCGUCUACUGAUGCUGAAACACGGGCUCUGUGCCACAGUUUGACUGGAGCCCUGCGCUCGAACACCUGUGGGGUUUAGUUUUUUUGGGGGGGAUGAUUCGAAGCGCUCUUUGGGAACAGAAACAUCCGACAGUGAUCAUCAGACACGAGUCAUAACUGUAACAACUCAGACACACGUGUUGUCACACACAUGUUGGCCUCAGUUGCCCUGUUUUCCUCAGCUUUGAAGUUUAGGAACUCAUAUCAACUUCUGGAGAUUAGCGGGUGACUGCUGUGUCCUUUUCCGCGCUGAGACAGAUUUAGUUAUUUGAAAUUGCUGAUAAUACAAUAUUCAUAUUUUAAAUAUGACCAUAUUUAUGCCAAAACAAGUCUCUCGUUCAUUUCCUCUUCUGGAAAGGGACCUCUGACAUAGAAUUCUCCCCCUAAAACGGAAUACUACCGACAUCUUCCAGACUUUGCAGCAAAUGAAAGCCCGCCCCAACAGCACGGCAAACUUCAAGAUAUGUUGGGCUUUACAUGUACAGAUCAUGUUGAAGGCGGACAACACUGAAAGGCUGAUCACCUUUUCAAAUAUAACAUUGAUAUCAGCCAAACGCAGAAGACAGAAUGAGAAUUCUACCGCCUGUGCAGCUUAUCAUGGCGGAUUAUUGGAAUCUGCCCGUAAUUUAUGUUUGAUUGAUUUAUGUUCAGUGUCUCACUUUGCAUUUCCCAUUUUGAAAAAGAACGAGUAAAACUGAAGCCCCGCCGGCCGAGAUAUCCCGACCUUUAUCCCUUCGUACGAGUCAAGCUCCGAAAAUGCUGCAUCCUACAACUCCCAUAAUGCAACGUAAUGCGACCCUCAACCAAGUUGACCCUGAUGACAUCACUAUGACGUCAUCAGGGUAAUUUGACAAAGCUCCUCCAGAGCCACAGAGGCCAUCAUACAGCAGUUUUCACAGGCUGAGCAGUGCUCUACUUCAUGAUAAGUAAAGUGAUGGUCAUGGAUAAAACCCUAAGAAGGCUUUGACCGCUUAUAAAAAACAAUCAAGAGCAAAAGUGACGGCGAGUUGGUGCUAAAACAUAAAAAAACAAGUUGUUUCUAUUUUCUAUUUUAAAACAUGUGCUGUACUCAGGUUUUUUUUAUUUAUAGUGUCAACUGUAGAGCAAAGUUGGCACAGCAGUUUGUGCCUUAGGAGCUUUUUUUCAGUUAAAAAAUAAAAAUGCCUAUGUUUGAAUCAGCUACUAGUGUAUUAUUUUCAGCGUGUAGUUGCGUGUGCAGUACACACACACACAAAGGUGUUCAAAGUGUGCUGACGGGGCUUUGCUGGUCUGCCCGUCAGAGUGAGUCAGACAAUAGAUACAGGUUGCACCCAUCUAUAUAUUAUAGACACACACACACACACACACACAUACAGAGUGCGUGUAAAGGAGGUUGUGGGAGGUGACAGUGGAGCAGACACUCUGGAGUCUCUGGAUACUAAUAACACAGAGAGAGACGGGUGUACACUGCUUUCAUGUGGCACACAGUUGGAGAGGGGAGGAGAGACGUGUGUGUGUGUGUGUGUGUGUGGUGUGUGCAACAAACAAGCUGCUCUGCAGGCUCUCAACCAACCAAACCCAAAGGUUAGCCAACAAAAAGAGGGCGUGAUGAGGACUUAUAGCAUAGAGAAGGACACUUCUUGCGAACAAUGUUAACAAUGUAGUCUUAUGUAAAUAUAUGUUACAAGCUUAACAAGGUUACGUAAAAACAAUGCGACGGAAAACAACGCUGCAUAGAACAACGUUACGUAAAACAAAGUUACGGAAAACAACGUUACGGAAAAUAAAAUUACGGAAAAUAAAGUUACGGAAAACAAGGUUACGGAAAAUAAAGUUACGGAAAAGUACUGUGUUUGACACCCACACUUUCCUGCUGGUUAUACGCGUUAUUAUGUCAAGUAUUUCACUAUAAUGGUCGCGCGACAUAUUACGUCAAUUGCUCUUCAAGUAUUUCCUGCAGUAAGCAAGACAUUGUGUGGUUCUUUUCUCCAUAAACAGGACUGAAGAAAAAUCGUGACUUUCAGUGGGGAACGUCCACGUUCUCAUGUCGCGCUCCACCGUACCCACAAGUGUGCAGGGCGUGGGCCCUAAGCCACAGAUCCACCGGGACACCUUCCGUGUU